ACAAAAUCCAAACGGCGGCUGGCUUUACCGGGUUUUCUCUAACGAUGGUCCAUGUCAGCGCAGCUACCUGCAAACAGUCUUAUGUGUAGUGCUGUAACGAAAAAGGUCAAAUGGCUGGCAGCAGACUGGAGAGGUUUGGAACUGUGUUCACCCGGGUUCGAGAUCUGAUGCGCUCUGGAGUCAUAAAGCAGUCAGAGAAACCCAUUUGGUACGACGUGUACGAGGCUUUCCCCCCAAAGAGGGACCCACGUUAUGUGAAGCCACAUGCCAGACAUGACAUCAAGAAACAGGAGACUGUAUCUGAGAUCUUCUACCGAGAGGAUAAAGUCAGAGCGAGAUUCUAUGAGGAGUAUGAGGCGGAGUUUUUCGAUCUCUCCAAAUCAAACUUUGUUUCUACAUGUCAGAGGUUUGUAGAGAAGUACACAGAGUUAAAGAGUAACAGCGAGAUGGAUGACUCUGCUCUGUUUACGGAGACUGGGAAGGCUCUACUCAAAGAGGGACUUAUCCUGAGACGUAAAGAAAUUCACUUUAUAUCAGAAGAGUCCAGGAGUCCAGUGCUCGAGCUGGAACUAACAGAUAUGUUGGCAGAACAGCAGGCAGUUGGUGCUGACACAGAUACACCACACACAUCAUAGCCUUCAGAAGGAUCAUUUUAUGAGGUGCAUAUUUGCCACAGCAUACAGAAUGUUUUGCUUCUUUAAAAGUGAGGGUCAUCUGUACAAAAUGAGAAUUCAACCACUAAGCCAUUCAUGUCGAUGUUUCUUAGAUGAAACAGUGUUCUGCACCAACAGCAGGAUGUUGUUUCUAAGAAAUCAAAAAAGUAACAAACCUUUACACAAACGGGCCAAAAAAAACUGGAAACGCUGUAUGCAUAUGUUAUACAAAUAUGUGAAAAUGUGUUAAUAAAGUUAUUAUUCUAACUUGUUAA